CCAGCCACAAAGAAAAAAAUACUGAAAGAUUGUUCGAUUUCAAUGUGAAAAAUGAGUUUUCAUCAACGCACUGGAAAACGAAUCACAUUAAAAAAUGAUAACAAGACUGCGCUCCGGAAUGUUAAUGAAUUUAAUCAUGGAAUUGUUCUAUCUCGAUAUCCUCUUAUUGAUGAUGAAAAAUUUGAAGUGAGAAUUGAUGUGAAAAUAAGUUCAUGGUCUGGAUCAAUAGAAAUCGGUGUAACAACUGCUAACCCUGAAACUGUAGAUUUACCUGCAUGUGCAAGUAAACUAAAGAACGGAACAUGGAUAAUGAGUGGAAUUUCAAUUCUCAAAGACGGAAAUUCUUUGUGUGAAUAUUAUGGCGGUGAUUUAGACAAAUUAAAUGAAGGCGACCGUGUAGGAGUGAUGAGAACAUCUACAGGAGAUUUAAUAUUUUUCAUCAAUGGAGAAUCUCAAGGAGUUGCUGCACGAGAAAUUCCAAAGAAUAUUUAUGCACUCAUAAAUCUUUAUGGGAAAUGUGGACAAGUUACGGUGACCUCAGAGGAAAAUAUUCAAGAACACGAUGAUGACUUGUCGUCAACACAAAUCUCACAAAACAUUGAAAUUCCAAUGUCUGUUGAGCUUUCCAUCGAUAGCACAUCAUCAAUGGAUCAUUCUUUUGAUCCAAAUGAUAAACUUCGUUUUCACACGCGAUGUGGUUCAUUAGUUAAACUCACGAACAAUUUACGUUGUGCUGAAAGAAGAAGACCGUUCGAUGAAUUCAACAAUGGAAUUGCAAUGACUCAUAGACCUCUACGAGAUAAUGAAUUAUUUGAAAUCAGAAUCGACAGACUGGUUGACAAAUGGUCGGGAUCAAUUGAAGCUGGAGUAACAACACAUUGUCCUAAUGCACUUCAGUUUCCGGCAACAAUGACAAAUCUUCGUUCUGGAACGAUAAUGAUGUCAGGUUGUGGAAUUCUAACAAAUGGAAAGGGAACACGUCGGGAGUAUGGAGAAUUUAAUCUUGACGAGCUUAGAGAGGGUGAUAGAAUAGGAAUGAUAAGAAAAUCAAAUGGAAAUCUUCAUUAUUAUAUCAAUGGAAGAGAUCAAGGAGUGGCAGCGACAAGAGUUGCACAGACACUGUGGGGUGUCAUUGAUCUCUAUGGGAUGACAAUUAAAGUUACGAUUGUUGAUCGCGAUGAAAUUGAAGAACAAAAUCUCGUGACACGACGUAACAAUAAUUUACUUCCAAUGCCAUCAACAGAAUCAUCAUCAGUCAUUCAAUCUGAUUAUGACGAUCGCAAUGAUCGGUUAUGUUUUCAUCAAAUUUGUGGAUCAAAUGCACAAGUAACUCAUAGUCUAAGAACAUGUUUAAGACCAAAUGCUGCUGAAGAUUUUAACAAUGGAGUUGUUUUAACAAAAAGACCUUUAAAACCAAAUGAAAUAUUUCAAGUUCGAUUAGAACGAAUUGAAAAGAAAUGGGCUGGAAGUAUUGAAAUUGGUGUAACAACGCACACUGCUCUUGAACUUGAAUUUCCUUUCACCAUGACAAAUGUUCGUUCAGGCACUUGGAUGAUGACUGGAAAUGGUGUUAUGCAGAAUGGAACAACAAUUAUCGAACAAUAUGGACAAAAUCUUGAUCGCUUACAAGUCGGCGAUAGGGUUGGGGUUGUAAGACGAGAUGAUGGUACUUUACACUUUUUUGUUAAUGGAAUUGAUCAAGGGCCGGCAGCUGAAAAAGUCCCCGAGAAAGUUUAUGGCGUGAUUGAUCUCUAUGGUCAGGCUGCACAAGCAAGCAUUGUUGAUGUUUCUGAAUGCCAAACACCCGACGACACAGUCAACUCAACAAUUUCUAAUACAACUCUCUUCAGCACUGAACCAAAACUUCGUUUUCAUCAAAUCCAUGGUCGUAAUGCUCGAUUAAGUAGUAAUUUUCUCGUGGCAAGUCGACCAAAAGCUCUUGCUGAGUUUAACGAUUCUAUUGUUUUUAGUAAUCGUUCAUUAAGACAACGUGAGUUGUUUGAAGUUAUGAUUGAGAAUGUUGUUGAACAUUGGAAUGGUUCGAUUGAAAUUGGAGUAACUGGUGUGAGACCUGAAGAGUUAACACUCCCAAGUACAGCAACCGAUUUGGAUAACAAUACAAUUAUGGCUUCGGGAACUACGUUGAUGUUUAAUGGCGUUACAGUGAGAAACGAUUUACCAUUUGACUUGGACAAUUGUAAAUCUGGAUGUCGAAUUGGUGUGAUGAGAAAUGGAAACAACAUUCAUUUCUUCUUGAAUGGUGUUGAUCAAGGCCCAGCACAUGAAUGUCGAGCACAAAAUAUUUAUGCGGUCAUCGAUCUUUAUGGGCAAUGUUCUCAAGUGAGUUUAUGUGUUGGAAACAACAUUGCACCUUAUGCAACAUCCGAAAACUCACAAAGUCUUCAAAUGACUUCAAUCAUCCAGCCAGUUGCAGAUAUCAAACAUCAUCGUUUUUCAGUUAUUUCCGGCAAUUGUGCUUUACUACAAAAUUGGACAGUUGCAAUCCGAUGCACAAACUCAGCUUUAUCAAGAUGUUUAGUCUUCUCUGAACGUCAUCUUGUAGCAGGUGGUGAACCGUUUGAGAUUAGAAUCAAAGAAAUGAACAAGUUUUAUGCUGGUCACAUUCGAAUUGGUGUGACAGAUUUGAAUCUAUCUGAUGAACAUAUUCGUAAAAAUAUUCCAACGACAAUCAAACGACUUGGUGCCAAUGUUUGGUAUGUGACGGGUAAUGAAGUUCGGCAUAAUAAUGAGUUGUUAAGACGAUCAUUAGCAUCAGUUGAGUGGCUUCGUGUCGGUGAUCGAAUAACUUUAGAAUUGACAGCAACUAAAACAUUGAGAAUUCUAUUAAAUUCUGAAGACGUCAACAUUUAUUUUGAAGAUGUUCCUGUUAAUGUUCAUGUAGUUGUUGAACUUCAAGGUGCUAUAAUGGCAAUUCAAAUAAUUUCAACAACGCAACAACACACUCCACAAUCACCAUUACGUCCGAUGAUGUUGCGACUUCAGGAUUCACUUGAGCUUGGACUUGAUAUGAACAAACAAGAUUCAAUGCUAGAAUCAAUUGAAGCCGACAGUUAUUCAUAUGAAUUUGCUGAAAAUUGUGGAACGAAUGUGAAGUUGAGUGAUGAUAAGAAAUCAGGAACACGCAUUCAAUCUUACAGUAAUGGCAUUGUUUGCAUUAGUAGACCUUUGCUUCGAGGACAAAGUUUAAGCUUAAAAAUUAAUCAAUUAAACACUAAAUGGAAUGGAUCAUUAGCACUUGGUGUUAUUGGAAUUAACCCAAAUAAUAAAAUAAUAUUUCCAGCUACAUCAAUUAAUCUCGAACGUCCUUGCUGGAUUAUUUCGCAAGAACAUUUUAAUAUAAAUGGAAUGAAAAGUAAAACAACGAGGUUUUAUGAAGCACUUGAUCAGAUAAAAGUUGGAACAAUCAUAACAGUUUCAAUUAGUACAACAGGUGCGUUAUCAUUUGCAAUUGGAUCAUUGUCGUUUCAAGAUGUUAUCGUUGGUUUGCCAAGUCAAGUUUAUCCAAUCUUUGAUGUUUAUGGGAAAUGUCAUAAACUGACAAUAAUUUCUGAAAAUCAACGAAUUCCAACGUCAGCGAGUGAUGAAAAUGUCGUCAGUAAUCUUGAAGUCGAAAGUAUCCAACAGAAUUGUGAAAAAGCUGAUUUGGAAGUUCAUGAAAAGGAAACAGAUCAAACUACACCAACACCAAGUACUUCAGCUGCUGCUUUAAUGAGUCGUUCUGUGAUGGAAAGUGUUUCAGCAAAUGAAUUUACAAAUUUAAGCAUUAAAAAUCGAACAGCAAAUGAAUCGAGAAAUUUGGAAUUAUCGAAUUCUUGCUGCCUGCGUGAAUCACUUCAACUUCAACAUUCUACGAAUCUCAACAUUCAACGUUCACAAAGCACUCAUCGUUUCACGAGCUUAAUGGGUAGUAGUGGAAGUAACAACAAUUAUCAUAUUGAUGAUAUAGCAUUGGCUAGUAGCAGCACUCUGGUAGACAAUCUUCGUAUACAAUCUAAUCGAUUUAAUAACGAUCAGAUUAACAACACGACAAGAAAUGAAAGCAUUGCACAACAAGCACAGCAAUUACAACAAAUGAAUAAUAAUCAAGAAGUUUUAGAAAAUGUUUCGAUAAGAAAUGAAGAUUGUGAUUAUUUGAAGCUAUUAAUUGGAUUUAAGCGAACUCUCACUAUCCCUGAUAUUUACUUUUUGCCAAACUCUUUACCGACAUGUUUUUGUGAAAGUUGUUGCAAACCUAACAGUUUACUCAGGGGAUGGGUUCGUUUCUCUAUCAAUCAACAGAUAACAAAUCCAGCAAACAUUCCACAAACAAGUUCUGGUGAUAGUUGGAUUACAGCUUAUUGCGCAACAAGAGUUGAUAAGAUUCGUUCUGUGUUAGAUCAUGGACAGCCAAUUCCAAAUGCAGAAAUUGAACAAUUUCUAGUCAGAAAUAAUAAUCAAGCGGGAUCUAGUGACAUGGAGAACUUUGUUACAGGAAUCAUUUUAAGAUCACAACCUGAUAACAAAGAUAAGCUUGAUGGGCCAUAUGUUCAUCGUUAUUUAAGCAAUUCUGUAUUUUAUCGUAUUUGUUGUUCUUUUGAAAUCAAAGUUCGAGCAUCAUCAUUGAAAAGUUUGGAAACAUCUAGUCAAGUAUGCAAGGUUUGGACGGCGAAAGAAGCUAAUUCUUGUAUUUUAAUUGGAUUAUGUAUUUGUUUAGUUCCGGUAUAGAGAAACAAAUUUAUUCAAAUUUUUAAUUCAAAAUUGUCAUAAAAAUAAUUUAGAAAAAAUUAACG